CUGUGCUGAGAAAUGGCAUGUCACUAACGUCAAAGCCAUCGAGCUCCGGCAAAGCUCCACGUAGCUGAGAGGGACUUUUUGCAUGAGGUCAAUCUACAGGCUGGUCGUGCUUCUUCUCCUCGCCUUCAUGUUCCGCUCUCCCCUCUACCGCCUGCAGCAGACCGCGAACCAUCUCAUUCGAUCCGCAUCUCCUGCUGUGAGCACAUUCACCACUAGACCAUUCUCCGCCACUACAUUGCGCAAGCAAAACGACGACGCCAUGUCCGAUCGACCCAACGGCACUAUCGCCAAGAGCGGCCUCGAGCUGUUGACCUUUGGUACUCCAAAUGGCCACAAGGCGAGCAUCAUCUUGGAGGAGUUGAAAGAGGCGUAUGGCAAGCCGGACUACGUCUUUCAGAGCAUCCACAUUGGCCAGAACAUCCAGAAAGAGCCGUGGUUUACAGAGUAUGGUCCGAACGGGCGCAUUCCCGUGCUCAUCGACCACGACAAUGGUGAUCUGGGCAUCAUGGAGGGUGCUGCCAUUCUCACAUACGUGACCCGUAACUUUGAUCCCGACCACAAGCUGUCCUUCACCAAAGAUCCCGAGCUCUCGCAAUGUGAGCAGUGGGUGGCUUGGCAGCAUGGUGGCUUGGGUCCCAUGCAAGGACAGGCGAAUCACUUCUACCGCCUUGCCAAGGAACGCAUUCCAUACCCGACUCAGCGCUACGUUGGCGAGACAGAGCGCCUCUACGGAGUCCUCGAUAUCCGUCUCAAGGGCCGCGAGUACCUGGUUGGCGACAAGUAUUCCAUUGCCGACAUCGCCAACUUCAGCUGGGUCAACGUCGCCUAUAUUGCUGGUGUCAACCUUGAGAACUUUCCCAACCUGUACAAGUGGUGGGAGAGGAUCAAUGCUCGACCUGCGGUCAAGCGCGGCGUGGCCAUUCCUGAGGAGUCCAGCCUCACGAAUGAAGCAUAUAAGAGGCGUCUGAAGGAGGAAGAUGGGUUUAAAGAGAAGGAGGAUGAGCUCAGAAACCUGCUCAAGAAGGCGCAGGAGCAGUAUGAAUACAAGUUCUCAUCUCCUUGAGCUGAAUCAGCAUAAUAUAUCGACAGGACAUGCAAACAUACACUCAUGAGCCAGGUGCUUCUACACCACUAAUCUCCGCCAACUGAGCAAACAAUUUCUCCUGUGCUUCC